AUGGCGCCAAAGACGCCGCCAUUUUCACAGCUCGACAAAAUGGCGACAAGGACAUCCACAUCUACAUCCAGUUGGCUCUGCCGCCUGCUGCUAUUCGGCUUUUGCAUUGGCGCCGCCGCCGCCCGAGACAUUCGAUCGCCGAUGGACCAGACAGACGUGGCCUUCUACUGCCCUGGAGAGGGUCUGUUUGCGGACGACUACGAUUGCCGGAUUUAUUACCGCUGUGAGCGGCGUUCGGGGCAAUACAUCCAACCCUACCUCCUGGCCUGUCCAGAGGACGCGGUCUUCUCCCGCACCCUGCGCAUGUGUCUGCCACCAGCGAUGGCUGGGCGGGAUGAGUGCGUUGACCAGGCGAACGAGGUGAACGAGGUGGACGGCGGCAGCAUGGAGAAGUGGGAGCAGGACGACUACGGACAGGAUGACCAUAAUGCGAUGCUUAACCUGGCCGUCACACCUGCGGCCAAUGAGCUGCGAACAUAUGCGUCGACCCACCGUCUGCCCACAAAUUACGGUCUGGCUGGUCUCAAUGGUGUCUCUGUCAUAUCCUUCUCCAGCUCCUCAUCCCUGCGCGCCGUUGGAUCAGCGGAGGAGGAUGGCAUAAUAUGCCGGGAUGAUGGCUUCAUGACCGAUCCCAGCGACUGCACCGUGUUUUAUCGCUGCAUCUCGAACGGCCGAGGCUAUAACAAAAUCGGCUUCCGUUGCUCAGAUGGCACGGCGUGGGACGAGUCCCUUCAGUCCUGUAACCAUAUGUUUGACGUACGUGCCAACGGAGGAUGCCGCAAUCAAGCUGCUCCACAGAACGAUGCUUAUUAUGCCGGCCAAACGUCAACACAGUCGUCGCAGACCAGUUACCAGAACUCUACCGCCAGCAGUCAGCAGAGCUCGUCCACCAGUUCCUCGAACUCCUCUCAAAGCUCCAGUUCCACAUCCAGUUCGACAUCCAAUUCCAGCUCAAGCCAAGAGUCCUCUACGUCCAGCAGCAGUCAUCAGUCGUCCAGCUCCACGUCCAGCAACAAUCAGGAAUCCAGUUCGGAGUCCAGCAAUAGCCAGGAGUCUAGUUCGGGAUCUAGCAACAAUCAGGAGUCUAGUUCGGGAUCUAGCAACAAUCAGGAAUCUAGCUCCACAUCCAGCAGCAAUCAAGGCUCAAGCGCUCAAAACGCUGGCAGCAACCAAAACCAAAGCACCGGCAGCAGUCAAAGUUCCGGAAGUAGCCAAUCCUCAAACAGUAACCAGAGCUCCAGCAACAAUCAGAACCAAAGCUCUCAAAAUUCUGGCAGCAACCAAAGCUCCGGCAGCAGCCAAAAUUCGGGCAGCAACCAAAACUCGGGCAGCAACCAAUCCUCUAGCAACAAUCAAAACUCCAGCAACAAUCAGAGCUCUGGAAGCAGCCAGUCCUCCAGUAACAAUCAGAGCUCCAACAACAAUCAAUCUUCCGGCUCCAACAGCAAUCAGAGUUCUUCAAGCAGCCAAAACACCAGUGGAUCCAAUAAACCCGUGCCCACCGAGUGCGAGGAUGAAAACACUUAUAUCCCUGAUAAAGAGGACUGUGCUAAAUUCUACAGAUGCCGCCAAGAUAAGGACGGAAAAUUAGAGCAAGUGCCGUUCACCUGUGGUCCCGGUACCGUUUGGAACCAAGUGGAUAAGGUCUGCGAUCUACCCACCGAGGAUCAAAAGAAGAAAUGCAACAUUCAAUCGGGCUCGUCAAGUGGUAGUAACAACUCUGGACAGCAAUCUAGUGGAAGCUCCUCCAACAACCAGGGCUCUUCUAGCAAUCAAUCUUCCAGCAACCAGAGCUCAUCUAACAAUCAAGGCUCGUCAAACAAUCAAGGCUCCUCUAGCAAUCAAUCUUCCAGCAACCAGAGCUCAUCCAGCAAUCAAGGAACGUCUAGCAAUCAAGGCUCGUCAAGCAAUCAAGGGUCUUCCAACAAUCAAUCCUCAAGCAACCAGAGCUCAUCCAACAAUCAAGGCUCUUCUAGCAAUCAAGGCUCUUCUAGCAAUCAAUCUUCCGGCAACCAGAGCUCAUCUAACAAUCAAGGCUCUUCUAGCAAUCAAUCUUCCAGCAAUCAAGGCUCGUCCAGCAACCAAUCAUCCAAUCAAGAAAGCAGCCAAGGAUCAUCGAACAAUCAGUCCUCCAAUCAAGGCUCAUCUUCAUCGUCCACAUCCAGCAAUCAGAGCUCCUCAAGCACAAACAGUAAUUCUACGAGCACUCAAAUAAAGCCAUCCAAUCCCGAUGGAGAUUGCCAAGAUACGGAAACAUAUUUGCCCGAUAAGAAAGACUGUGCCCGAUUCUAUCGCUGCGUAGAGAACGGCAGCGGUGGCUUCAAUAAAGUUCCGUUCGACUGCUCCCCUGGAACGGUCUGGGAUCCUGAUACGAAGGGAUGCAACCAUCCAACGGAUGUGCAAAAGGAGCAAUGCAAGGCUAUGGCCAAUGGUAGCGGAUCAUCAACCAACCAGGGAUCUUCUUCCAAUCAGGGUUCCUCUUCCAACCAGGGAUCAUCCUCCAACCAGGGGUCUUCUUCUAACCAGGGAUCAUCUUCCAACCAGGGAUCAUCAUCUAACCAAGGAUCAUCUUCCAACCAGGGAUCGUCCUCUAACCAAGGAUCAUCCUCAAGCCAGGGGUCUUCCUCCAACCAGGGAUCAUCAUCCAAUCAGGGUUCCUCUUCUAAUCAGGGAUCAUCUUCGAACCAAGGAUCCUCCUCCAACCAAGGAUCGUCCUCCAACCAAGAAUCGUCUUCCAACCAAGGAUCUUCUUCCAAUCAGGGAUCCUCUUCUAACCAGGGAUCAUCUUCCAAUCAGGGGUCCUCUUCUAACCAGGGAUCAUCUUCCAACCAAGGAUCAUCCUCAAAUCAGAGUUCCUCCUCUAACCAGGGAUCAUCAUCAAACCAGGGAUCUUCCUCUAACCAGGGAUCUUCUUCCAACCAGGGAUCAUCUUCCAAUCAGGGAUCAUCCUCAAAUCAAUCUUCUUCGUCUAACCAGUCAUCGUCGAAUCAAUCCUCCUCCAAUCAAUCGUCGUCGUCUAACCAGACAUCAUCAUCUACUACUGAAGGAGCUUCAUCAUCCACCACACAAAAACCCUUUAAGCCGGCAGAGAAAUGUGAGAGUGAGGAAACUUUCCUGGCUGACAACGAGAACUGCUCCAAGUUUUAUCGAUGCGUGGGUAAUGGUAAGGGCGGUUUUUCCAAAGUAUCAUUCACCUGCCCACCAAACACUCUAUGGGAUCCUGAGGCCAACAGCUGCAACCAUCCUGAUCAGAUCCAGACCAAGCCGCUUAAAUGCAAGAAGGUGGUGAAUCAAGAUGGAAGUUCGUCUAACAGCACCAGCAGCUCCUCGACUAGCUCCUCUGCGAACCAAGGAUCAUCUUCCAACCAGGGAUCGUCAUCUAACCAAGGAUCAUCUUCCAGUACAUCCUCCAGCAGUGGCUCCUCCUCCAAUACGGGUACGGGUUCAACCUCAAACAGUGGUGCCUCUUCCAACGGUGGCUCAUCGAAUCAAGGCUCCUCCUCCAAUAGUGGCUCCUCUUCUGGUUCAAACUCGUCUGGAAAUGGAUCCUCAUCUUCGUCAUCAUCAUCAUCAAGCAAUAACAAUAAUCAAGGUUCAUCCUCAUCGUCCUCCAGUUCAUCCACCUCUAGCAGCAGCUCGUCUUCAUCCAAACCAAAUCCUUCUGAAACCUGCAAGGUUAAUGGACAAUUUAUUGGCGAUCGUACGGACUGUGCCAAGUUCUAUCGCUGCGUCGAUAAUGACAGAGGUGGCUUCAGUAUGGUACCCUUCAGCUGCGGUCCUGGCACUGUUUGGGAUGCCGAACUGCAGGCCUGCAACCAUGCGUGGGCAGUAAAGGAAUGCGGUGGUAUUGCUCCACCUACAACUUCCACUCCGACGACCUCCAGGCCCACAACCGCAAGCACUUCCAGACCUUCUGACCCAUCGUCUACAUCGGGACCUGCAGGUCCGCCAACUACCUCACGUCCAGUGACUGCCAGACCAACCACAACCACAAUUAAUUCUUCAUCUACAGCUUCACCCACUGAAACAACAUCUGCUGUUACUCAGUUACCCAAUACGGAUGGCAAAUGUAGGUCGGAGGGCUUUAUGGCUGACCCCAGUAACUGCUCCAAAUUCUACCGCUGCGUAAGGAACAACAAAGGCGGCUUUACCCCAAUUCCAUUCCAAUGUGGAUCUGGUACCGUUUGGGAUCAGGAUCUGCAGACUUGCAACCACAAUUUCAACAAUUGCAAUACUGGCACUGAAAGUACCACCUCAAAACCACCUUGUGAGCCAGCAACAAAUGGAACAUCGACCACGUCCUCGACCUCCACACCUCCACCCACCACGACUAAUUUACCACCCACUUCAACAACUCCUACUACAACCACCGAAAUUCCACCUACUACUACAACUAGGUUGCCUCCUACUACAACAACUGGCUUACCUCCGACAACAACAACUGGGUUACCACCGACUACAACUGGCUUACCUCCCACUACAACUGACUUACCUCCGACUACAACAACUGGACUACCCCCCACUACGACCACAGGAGCUGCAACCCCUACAACAACAAUUAUUCCGGAACCUCAAACGUCAACCGUAACUUCAAGCCCGGAAAUCACCACUCAACCACCGUCUACAACCACUAUGAAACCACUGCCAGCGGGCACGGAAUGCACAGGUGAGGGUUACAUGGCCGAUCCCGAAGAUUGCAGGAAAUACUACCGAUGCAUCAGUGCUGGAGCCUCCUACAGGAAGUACAAUUUCACAUGUCCCAAGGGUACGGGGUGGAACGAAGAUGUUCAGACCUGUGACUACAUGGAGAAUAUACCGAGGUGCUCGAAGUUACCCGCUGAACCAAUAACCACAACCCCAAGUGAAGAGGCCAAGGAUCCCGGAAGCACCACUCCACAGUCAACGGAUGAGCCCACCACAGUGACAAAACCCAUAACAAAACCCACUGAAGAACCUUCAACAGAAAAGCCGCAGAAACCGACGACUGAAUAUCCGGAAAAGCCAACUACCACUCCAGAGAAGCCCCUGAAACCCACUACAACCGAGUAUCCUCAAAAGCCGACCACUCAAGAACCCACCACCACAAGUAUUCCGGGCUACAAUCCAACAACCACGUCCGUUCCGGGCUAUAACCCAACAACCACACCUGUUCCGGUAGAAACUACAACCGCUACUCCGGGCUAUAAGCCAACAACCACCAGCGAACCUAUUACCACGACCACAUUACCUCCUACAACCACCGACGCCAUUCAAGAGCCCACAACCUCAGCAAAACCUGAACCCACUACAACCACGGAGAGUCCAACAUCCACCACAUCUGAAGGUUCAGUAACCACUCUUCUGCCGGAACCACAGCAUAACUAUAACUGCUCAUCGGAGGGAUUCUUCCCAGAUCCCGAGGACUGCAGUCGCUAUUACCGUUGUGUAGAUGCGUCCAAAAACGGCAAGUAUCAGGUUUAUGCCUUCAAGUGCGGUAAGGGAACUGUUUGGGACACGUCCACCGAAACCUGCAAUUACGCCGAUCAGGUGUCUGGCAAUUGCUCCUCUGGACAAACGACCACGCCAGGAACUACUACGGAGCCUGGUACGACGGAGAGUACAACCAGCUCUGGGAAACCAGAAACCACUUCGCGGGCCCCAGAAACAACCACAACGGGAGCUCCUGAGACCACCACCACAUCAUCUCCUGAGACCACCACCACAUCAUCUCCUGAGACCACCACCACUACUUCUGGCGCAACCACCACUGCAACACCUGAAACCACUACUACAUCACCCAAGCCAGAAACUACGACCAUAUCUGGGGAAGAAUCCACAACGACGCAGUCCCCUACCACCACAGAGAAUCCUACUCCCGGUACCAACACCUCCGCUCCCUGCCCCGAAACCGGUCCAGGACAGAAUGUGUACGUCUGCCCCACUGGAUUCCGUCGGCAUCCGGAGAAGUGCGGCAUGUUCUAUCAGUGCAGUGAAAGUGCCGAUAGUAACGACCUCAACAUCGUAGUGUUCCAAUGCCCCAAUGGAACCGUCUACCAAGACAAGUCCUGCAGCUGUGGCAAGCCUCCGGCGGGUGACAAGUGCUCCAAGGAUAUGAAGAGGACCACCAACUUGUUUGACGAGGAAACAAGACUUCAGAAUGUGGUACAAAUCAGCACGACGGAUCCCCUCUGCCCGGAUGAGGGUCACUUUGCGCUGAACAACGACCAGUGCGGCCAGCUGUUCGUCAAGUGCGGAUUCUCGGAGCUGACGGGUCGCAUCGAGGGACAGAUCAACCGCUGUCCACAAGGAUUUGCCUACUGGAACGUGAGCCGGCGAUGCGAGCACGCCCGCAAGCUGCCCAACUGCACCCCCACCACCUACAAUGUGGGCGGAAACGUGCCGCUGGAGUGGCUGAACAUUGGCCAUAGACGCCGCAGCAUGCGCAUUUAA